CCCUUACUUCCCCACCUCAGUUGCUUCCUUGAUUUUUCCCACCUCAUUCUGAUAAAUUUUUGUUUAUAAUCGCGUGUCUGAUAAAUUAAGGAACAAAAACAGGACAGAGACAAAAAACUACAAAUCGAGCUGCAUACUAUCUUAUUGCCAUUCCUAUGCAUAUUUUUCUCCUCCACACCUCUACUACCUUUCUCUAUUUCCUUCCAACAGAUUUUUUUUCCCAAAGCCAAAAGCUCUAACGAGAUGAAUGAAGGGCAUAAACUGCAACAUGUUAAAUAGUGUGGGUUUUAUAUGCAAAAAUUAAAAAUCCAGAAUUUUUGUAAUUUUUUCUAGUAAAUGUUUCCAGGCAAACGGUGUCGUUUAGGGUUCUGCCGCCACACCGUUUUAUCCUCUUCAAUCGCCAUCCUCAUCAUCAUCUCUCUCCGCAAUGAGCGCCUGCAAAACCCUAGCUCGUUCAUCUUUCUCUUUUCUGGAAUUCAAUCUUCGUAUCAACAAUGGACCUAGCUUCUCUUCACUCUCUCUACCACACCCUCUUUCUAUCCCUUCCACCAAUUCCUCCAAUUUCUGGUUCUCAUCUCUCUCCUCACGAAAUCGAGGGUUUAGAGAUCUUGGACCUUACAAGCCUCCCUCAAGAUGUUACGGUUGCGUUGAAAGAGCCGUUAUUGAUUGCAAUGACGACGAGACAGUUACUUCGAAUUUGGUCGUAGAACCACCAGAGGACUCGUCGAAAGACACUGUGGAAGAAUUGCUAUCGAACAAGGAUGACGUUUCGAGAUUGAUGAAGAUGGAACGCAGACCUGAAGUUGAGAAUGGAGCUCAAUUUACUCAGCCGAAGCGUUGGUUUCCUUAUCUGAAUACGUUUAAGGCGGGAGGUACAGUUUUGAGUAGUGGUCAAGUGUUGGAAGCUCUGAAUCCCUAUAUAAUGGAGACGAGGAAGGAGAGGUUUAGGAAUGCUGUGAAGAAUCGGAGCUAUUCUGUCUGUUUGGUGGUUGAAGGUUUGAAUGAUUUUGGGAAUGUUUCGGCUGCGUUUCGGUCUGCCGAUGCGCUAGGGUUUCAGUCGGUUCAUGUGGUUUCGUGUGACAGCUCCAAAAGGUACAGAGACAAUCGCCAUGUUAGUAAGGGAGCUGAGAAAUGGUUAGAUAUUGAACUUUGGAACUCUACCCAGGACUGCUUUAAGGUUUUGAAAUCCCGGGGUUAUCGCAUUGCUACAACUCAUGUUGGAAUAGAUGCGGUUUCCAUUUUUGAUAUGGAUUGGUCAUGCCCAACAGCAAUAGUUGUUGGAAACGAAACUAGGGGGAUAAGUGAUGAGGCUCUGGAGUUGUCAGAUUUGCGUUGCAGUAUUCCAAUGAAUGGUAUGGUGGAUUCCUUUAAUGUUUCAGUUGCUGCAGGCAUUCUCAUGCACCAUGCUGUUUGUGACAGAACAACCCGCCUGGGUCGUCAUGGUGAUCUAACGCUGGAAGAAAGCCAAAUCCUACUAGCGGAAUUCUCUCUGCGUCACAGCAAGAGCGCAAUUAGCAUAGCACAUGAGUUUGCAAAGAGGAAGGCAGCCCAACCCUUGCCAAAGCUUUGAUGGAGACUUUAGCUGUCCAACUCUAUGGGCAGACAAUAGUUCCAAGCUAUGAUUUCUGGACAUCAUACAGCGGAUUUGGGAGGUCCAGUUGGAUGGAUGUAGCUGCUGAGUGUACAAUUACAUGUUGCUCCUCUAUUGACAAAAAAUUAUUGAUGUGAUUCAAUUAGUACUGGUUGGUUCGUAUUGCAGAUGCAAUGUUAUAUUCUUGAUGUACAAGAAAUUAUUUUCCUCUACAGAAGAUCUAAAUUGCUUUCUGCUGAGAUGUUGAGAAAACUGUACAUCGGAGAAGAGUGUAGAGGCAAAAACUGGCUUUGUGUCAAUAGUUUGUUUACAAUAUUAGCAAUCGUUGAUGAUGGUGGUGAGAA